GGUUUAUCUAAUCUACCAUGGGGAAAUUACAAGUUGUUAGUGUUCGUAUGACAGUUAACGCUAUCAGUAACGUGUUCAUUUGUCUGCCCUAGUUUGCUUUCUGAAGAAUUACCAGGUUGAUCAAACUAAUAUUAAAGGAAAGUUUAAAAGCUGUGUUUUUGAGUUAAUAGACAUGCGCAACUAGGUUUAUGAUGACGAAGUGUGUAUUUAUUGAAUAAUGAGAUCAAAUCAGAGUCACUUCGAAGAGACAAUGACGGCGAUGUGUAACGCACUCAACUGUAAACAGUACGUGCAGUACAUGAAGUAGAGCCUACGCACAACGAAUUUGAACAACUGUGAAAAAGCAAACAUUUUUAUGCCCGUCUAAAAUUAUAGUGCUGCAGGACAUAGUCACGAUUGACAUUAGCCGAUAGCAGUUAUUGACACGAAUACUAAGCAAUCGGUCUAGAACAAUAUUGGCCUAUCAAAAUAGUGGGUACUACAGAACCUAUUAUUAAGAGAAACAUUUCUUUGAUUUAGCAUUGAAAUCAACCAAAGAUGCCGAAGAAGCGUCGCAUUCUAUAUGGGUCUUCCAUUGCAUCCACCACAAGUGAGGCAGGAGAGGGUGUUGAUAUCAUUUCCAUCGAAAAGGAGGAGAAAACGAAGAACAUAUUGCAUGCAGCAGAGAUGGGUGACUUGAUUACGCUCAAAGAAGCGAUCGAGAACGCCGACGAAGCAGAGGUUGAGUGGAUAUUACAAUUACACGACUAUAAAGACAGAUCUAUUCUAGAAGUUGCAACAGAAAAUGAACACUGGGAAAUUGUCAACUAUGUAAUCACUAAUCAUGGACAAACCCAGAAGAUACCAUGGAACACGGUAUAUGAAUCACUUAUGCUUGCCAUCAGCAAGGGUUACCUACGAAUUACGCAGUCAAUACUGGAACAUUCUAUGUUCAAAAGAGGCAAGGAUCGGAACAGACUUGGCUCGAUAUCGCAUUAUUUUGAACAAGUGAGGAAAAAUUCAAAGUUCGAUCAUGACAUAACACCACUGAUGCUGGCCGCCCACUACAACGACAUUGAUAUUAUUCGACUAUUUUUGGCCAGAGGAGAGAAGAUUAAAACACCGCACCUCAGCAGCUGUAACUGUGUUGCUUGCGAAAAUAAGAGAAUGUUUGAUUCACUGAAACAUUCGAAAUCACGAAUUAACACGUAUAAGGCUCUAACCAGUCCUGCAUAUAUCUCGUUAACCAGCUCGGACCCAAUACUUACAGCAUUUGACCUAUGCAGGGAGCUUGAUAUUCUCGCCUCCAAAGAAAAGGAAUUUAAGAAUGUUUACAAGGAAUUAUCAGACACAUGCAAGGAAUACACAUCUGACCUUCUGGACAUGUGUCAAAGUUCACAAGAAGUUGACAAUCUGCUUAGCGGAGGUGAGGGGUGUUUGGAUCAAAGAGAACGACUGGGACGAGUUAAGUUGGGAAUCACAUAUAGGCAGAAACAGUUUGUUGCACAUGCGCAUUGCCAACAUCAACUGUCGACUUUAUUUUAUGGAGAACUGAUGUCAACUUGGAAAGACGCUAAUAUAUUCAUACGAUUCCUGAUGAGUGUUGGUCUGUCGCUCGGUCUGCCUAUUUGGAUAUUUGCUUAUUGGAUAUUUCCGCACAGUAAGCUGGGCAAGAUACUGAAAACACCUAUGGUGAAAUUCAUACUUCACACUGUUUCAUAUAUUGGUUUUAUUUUACUCCUAUUUUUUGAUUCAACGUUGAUUGAAGAUAGAUAUGAUCAAAGUCAAAGCUGUAAUGAUAGUCAACGUAAAACUCUCUGUGACGCUCUUUGUAGCUCAGAUUGUUUAAUAUUCGACAUGGUUUCUAGGUCAGGAUUGUGCAGUGGAGGAUGUAAUAAUGGAUGUUUGCGCAGACGAGUCCCAGAGGUUUCGCCACUAAGUACCGUCAUACUUAUCUUCAUUCUAGGUUAUUUCUGGAAUGAGAUAAAGCAGAUUUUGCAAGAGGGCUCAAAUCGGUACUUUUCAUCCGUGUGGAAUUGGUUAGAUAUUUGUAUGCUGAACCUGUACAUUGGUUACUUUUUGCUGAACUUAGUAGCGUUACAAAAAGCUGCAAGUGCAGAAACUUUCUUCAACAACUUCAACGAUUCGUGUCCUACUUUCAUCGAACCAAAUACACAUGUCAAGGAUCAUAUUUACUUUUUGUCAGCAGAUCGUAGGCUGUGGAAACCAGCUGAUCCCACGUUGAUAGCAGACGCAAUGUUUGCCAUGGCAAAUGUUCUCAGUUUUACCCGGGUAGCUUUCAUUUUACCGGCUAGUGAGUUCCUAGGACCUCUGCAGAUAUCGUUAGGCCGAAUGCUCGGCGAUGUCACAAGGUUCCUCAUCGUCUUCAUGGUAGUUUUUCUUGCGUUUUUCUGUGCUACGUACAAUUUAUAUGGUUACUAUGCUGUAAAUAAGGGCGAUGUUACAGACCAAGAUAGUGGAGCAGUAAAAGCCUUUGCUUCAUUUCAAGUGACAAUGUUGUCGUUGUUGUGGGCGUUAUUUGGUCUUGGAGAUUCUAGUGAUUAUGACAUACCACGUGAAUAUAAACAUGACAUAACGCAAGGGUUUGGAACGCUCUUACUUCUCGCGUACCAUUUCGCUAUGGUCUUGGUCAUGUUGAACAUGCUCAUCGCCAUGAUGGCGGCAUCCUUUGAAGAUAUCCAGGCCGAUGAGGACGUUGAAUGGAAAUUUGCAAGAGCUAAGCUUUGGAUUUCAUAUUUCGAGGCCGGUACGUUGCCUGUUCCAUUCAAUUUGGUCCCCAGUCCUAAGACAAUGUGGGUAUUGUACAAAUCGGCAAGAGACCGUAUUCGGCGCUGGUUGGCCAGAAGGCGUGGACAUGGUUUGGAACGCUGGGAGAGAAAAAGAGAUGACAGUCAGUUACGUGUGCAAACUCAAACGGGAAUUGGCGGAAGUGAAACGAUGUUAAGCACACUUGGACUGUUCAAUAUUUCAACACGCGCCAGCAUGCCUACGUCUGCACAGGAGAAUGAGGAUGUCCUGAAGGGGAUCGUAAAACGAUACUUAUUUCGACUCCAAAGGGACAAAGACACUGACGAAGUUGGCGAAGGUGAAUUGGACGAAAUUAAAUACGAUAUAUCAAGUUUACGUUAUGAAAUCAUGCAGAAAAUUGAUGAUGCAGUCGAGGGCAAAACUGGAGAAGGGUUUGGCGGUUCUCGUGGUUCAGCUCCAAAAAUGAGUGAUCGAAUGGAUAUCGUGGAGAACAAUUUGUUUCUGCUAGUUGGAGAAAUACAAAAGUUACGACGUGAUCUUGUGUUGAAUGGAUUUGUUGAGCGUCCCGAUGACGAGAAAUAGGCCUAACUAGUAUAAGCAUUCAUAUAAAAGUUGUUUCAAUGCGUCUGUCUAUUUUUUGCAGCAUAGGCCUUUUAUAAUUUAAUAAGGGUGAUUCCCUUAACCUAGGUUGCCAUAAAAUCACUACACGCUAUAGCAGACGCAUUUCGGCGACGCUCAGUGGUCGUGGCGAAUGGAGCUACGCAGUGCAACGAAUUCAGUGAAAUUGCUGUAACAUUGUAGCGAUUUUAUGGAAAACAGGUUUAAGGCGAAUCUAUACCAUUUGUUUGGUCUCGACAUUACAGUAUAACCGAAUCCAUUGAUAUCAGUUUCGAGCAGUAGUUUGAGUAAUUUUGGAUGAAAUAAAAAUGCAUUUCUGCAUGAUUAAAGACAAUGAAAGUAUAAUACACUAUAUAGCAAUAUCAAUAGGCCUGUUUCUAUUUAUUUAACGUAUCUGAUUCAGCCAAGGCUCCUAUGCGCUUCACAUAUAUAUUUUUUCAUGGUACCGUACCAAUUUAUGCAAUUAUGUAUGAUGCAUAUUGUAACUUUAUACGUUAGAUAAAUUAUUAGAUCAUCUUUAUAAGCCUAUGUUUGACUAAAGAAAAUUGACUAUCAUAUUGUAGAUUAUUCUGACUUCAUAAUUUGCUAUGAGGUAUGCGGUUUGUUGUUCAUGGUUUGAUAAGUAAAGGCCAAACAUUGAAGGCAAAAAAAAGCUAAGUAUUUAUAUAGAGGCUUGAUCAAAGAUGAACAGCUGUUUUUCUAAAUUCUUGAUUGAUAGACAGCAUUAAUAAGCGAGGCCAGGAAUAUAACGUAUAAAUGCAUGUAUUACAGGUGUGUAUAACAUUCUUACUUGGUGUACCUACUUAUAAACAGAUCAACAUUUUGAAAUACAAUGGUUAAUGGUUAAUGGUUAUUAAUUUAUAGAGCGCAAAAUACAAAAAGUCUCUAAGCGCUAUCAGGCAAGUGUAAAGAUGGAACGGAAACCAAAACCACAAAAUAAAAAAGAAGUGAAAUUUAAAUACCAUGCCAGCACCCAAACCGAAGUAUGGGGAUACGCCCUCAUCGCUGGCUAGGUUAAUAUAGUUAUAGAUGGGUUAUUUGUAAUUUGUAUAAAUAUUGUGUUAUGUUCCAACAUCACUAAAUUGACUAAGUAGGCUGUAACUGACAGAAACGAUGCAUAAAAAAAGCAAUGUCCUCUAUGAAUUCUAUUUUAAAGUACUAUUUAUGACUUCGUGGAAUUUUUGUAAUGCAUUUAUUAACGUUCGUCUAUGAAGAAAUUUAAUGUAAAUCAGAAUACCAAAGAAAAGGUUGUUGGAAUAAAACAGGAAUUUGUCGACAUUGGUCGUAUGAAAAUUAACUAAUUUUCUGUGGUUCCAUAGGCACAGACGAUCCGUCCGUUUCAUGUUCUGAAUGUAGGGUAAGAUCGUUCCAUAGCCUUAAACAUUGGCACACGAAGGCAAUUCCCAGUCGGUGAACUUGCUUGCGUUAUGAUUCCUGAAAUUCAUGGGAAAAAGGCGCUUAAUCCGUUAAAAACUGAAUGUAAAUACUUUUAUGUUAAUAUUAACUUAUAACGGUUGGUUACUGUAUUUAUCAUUUAAUCGUCAAAUAACUUAUCUGAUAUCAAUUUAACAUUUUCGGUAGUAUUUCUUAUUUGUGUCAAAUGUUUGAAAAUGUAGUAUAGUUUCAUGAUUUCUGUGAUUUUACUAUUUACUAAAGUGUAACAAAUUAUUAAAAUUAUUAUUAUUAUUAUUUCUUAUUUAUAUUUAUAAUUUAAUUAUUUAUAUCCGUUCUUUAUGGUAAAUUUUAAAUAAUUAUUACUAUAUAUCUAUUUUAUAUACUAGUUCCUAUAUAAGUUUAAUAUUUAAUUUUGUGUGCAGUUAUGACUUCAAAUGAACCUAAUGUAUUAUUAUUCUUAUUUCACCAUCAUUAUUAUAUAGUAAAAUAUUUGCGCCCUCUAUAAUUAUGUUGAUGGCCACUUAUUGAUAAAUAUAAUAAAUAUUAUGCCUUAUAAUAAUUGAAUGAAAUACCUUUAGACCUGAUUGAUUAUUGAAUAACAGAAUUUUGAUUAUAUACAUAUGACAUAGUGUUAGGCCUAUAUUAUAUUGAAGUAGUACUGUAUCAUAAUAAUAAUUUAUCUUACGCUUCAAGAGUAAACAAAAAUAUAUGUAGCCUAUAUAUAUAUAUAUAUAUAUAUAUAUAUAUAAAUCAUCAAAAUUAAAUACAGUGUUCGAAUAAAGGACAUUAUGGUUCAUCGUGUAGCAUAGUCCUCACCGAAUGUUGUGCUACACGAUGCAAGGUAAUUCAACAAAAGGACGCACAUCUCCGCUCUCGAACAUAGCGCGUGCGUACAGUCCUUUGAUCUUUACUGUUACAUCGACAAUCCGAUACUAGUUGCGAGUUCAGCCGUCAAUUAUUA